AUGUCUACGUCCACCUCUGGAGGUGCUGGAUCCAAUGAUGCCAAUGUUACCAGGAGAGCAAGCAAGAGACCCAAGUACUCAAAGUUUACACAACAAGAAUUACCAGCGUGCAAGCCUAUUCUCACACCACGAGCAGUUAUUUCAGCAUUCUUGAUUGUCACCGUCGUGUUCAUUCCCAUUGGAGUUGCUUCGUUAAUUGCAUCGCAUGAUGUUGUUGAAAUUAUUGAUAGGUAUGACUCACAGUGCAUACCGUCAAAUGUAACUGACAAGGUGGCAUUCAUUCAGACUCCUGGAGAAAAGCCAUGCAACAGGGAGUUACAUGUGGACAAGCGUAUGAAGUCUCCUAUCUAUGUUUACUACCAGCUUGACAACUUUUACCAGAAUCAUCGCCGGUAUGUUAAAAGCCGAAAUGAUGAGCAGCUGAGGGAUUCUAAAAAUGCAAACUCAGUAAGUGGUUGUGAGCCUGAAGAUAAUGCAAAUGGACAGCCAAUUGUACCCUGUGGUCUUAUAGCUUGGAGCUUGUUCAAUGAUACAUACAGCUUCUCACGCAACGGAAAUAAUUUGACGGUGAACAAGAAAGAUAUCUCAUGGAAAAGUGACAGGGAUCACAAAUUUGGGAGUGAUGUUUUUCCAAAAAAUUUCCAGAAUGGUUCUUUAAUAGGUGGCGGUCAUCUCAAUGAAACAAUACCAUUGAAUGAGCAAGAGGAUCUUAUUGUUUGGAUGCGCACUGCUGCUUUGCCAACUUUUAGGAAGUUAUAUGGAAGGAUUGAGGUGGAUCUGGAGAAAGGCGAUGUCAUACACGUGAACUUGCAAAAUUACUACAACACAUACAGUUUUAAUGGCAAGAAGAAGCUUGUUCUGUCAACUACUACAUGGCUUGGCGGGAAAAAUGACUUUCUUGGCAUUGCUUAUCUCACUGUUGGAGGAUUGAGCUUCUUUUUGGCCUUGGCCUUUACUAUUGUAUAUCUUGUCAAGCCAAGGCAACUUGGAGAUCCCUCUUAUCUGUCAUGGAAUAGAAACCAUGGAGGGCAAUGA